AUGUCUUCUCCAUGCGCCCCUCGAAGUCUGCUUCUCCAAGAGCCUACGCCUGAGCUCUGCUCAUCACCACCUCCUCCAUCAUCCGCGACCGUUUGUUCACGCAAGCCAAAACGGCCACCGCCCAUUACGCCCAAGCGUUUCACCCGCUUCUUCACUCCGCGAAACUCCAAAGAUGUCUCGUCACGCACACAUCUCUCCAGGUCGGGCCGCCAAUUGCAGGACAUUACACGAUCAGCUCUUAAUCGCAGCCGUGAGACAAGAAGUACUCCACGGAAGACGGUGAACUUUGUCGACAUUGAGAACCCCAUGCGAACCCCACAGAGCAGCGUGCGGAAGCGGAAGGCCUACCUGUCACCUGCGAGUUCUCCAGCCCAGUCGUCACCGUCGAAGCGAUCGCGUUACGUCACUCCACCAGCAAUUGACAUACUUGAAGAUGCCCUCGACCUGGAUGACGAGGAGGAGCCUGCUAUAUACCCUGCGCCAAUAAAGAGGUUAAGAACAUUGGGCCGUCCAUCGAGAACACUGCAGCGGUCCUUUGGCGGUAUAUUGGGCGUCGGACGAGGAUUUAGGAUAGACCAUGGCGCAUCAUGGCAGGACCAGACAGCCAACUUCUACAGCGGUGCGGACGACCUACAUCAGUUGUCACAAGGUGCACCACCGUUCUGCACAGCCAGUUGCAACACCAACUCUAUGCUCGCUAUAGGAGACGAGGACGGAUACAUCCACCUACAAGACUCCGAAGGUGACUUCUCGAAACCCACUGUAUCAUGGAAGGCCCACUCCAAUGCCAUCAUGGAUGUACAGUUCUCCUCGGACGACAUGCACCUCGCCGCCGGUUCCGGAGACCAGACUGCACAGAUAGUCGACGUUCGCACCCAACAGACGCUCGCCGUCCUCGCCAAACACAAGUCAUCGGUAAAGCAAGUACGCUUUCAGCCAGGUGACGACAAAAUGGUAGCCACUUCAAGUCGAGACGGCGCCGUACAGAUCUGGGAUCUCCGAUGCAAAGGUAAUCAGGGGUCAAUACACUCAGCUUGGGGGUCCGAUGCGCCCUAUGCCAGUGUCGUGCGCACUCUUGCCUCAGCACACGCGGAUAUCAGCCUUCCAAUACCUACAUCGUCCGCCACUCGAACCCUGGCCAACAGCAAGACGGAGAACAUAAACCGACGAAACGAUAUCUCAGUGACAGCUCUAUCUUUCCUUCCCGAAGGCCGCGAACACCUACUCCUGACUGCUUCGGACGCAUCGACAUGUGUCAAGCUUUGGGACAUCAGAGGCCGAUACUCGCUGCGAGGACCUGCCAUACCCAUUGCAACUACCCGUCACCCUGAAUCCCACAACCGCCACCGACACUUUGCCAUUAACUCUCUUACCCUCAGUGGCGACGCCUCGCGACUAUACGCUCUCAGCAAAGACAACACCGUGUACGCUUACUCUACAAGCCAUCUCAUCCUCGGCGUAGCGCCCGAAUUAUCCACAACCUCCUCAUCAAAACAGAAAUACUGUGGUGUAGGCCAAGAAGGCCUGGGGCCCAUCUAUGGUUUCCGACACCAGAACUUCCACGCCGGCUCCUUCUACGUCAAGGCAUCACUACGCAAGGCGUACCAGGACCGCACCGAGAUGCUUGCAGUCGGCAGCACAGAUGGCUGCCCCGUAUUAUUCCCCACCGACGAAACCUUCCUCAAGCGCGAAACAAGACAUGAAGACGACGACGCAGACGAUCUCCCCGAUAUUACCAGCAUCUCUACGAAACACUCACGGCCAUCCCUCCUCUCCCGUUCAUCCACAAAUAGCCGCUGCCCAGACACCGUCCCUAUCUACGAGCACGGCACUGCCCUCAUAAGAGGUCAUGACGCAGAAGUCACAAGCGUGUCAUGGGCCCGCAACGGCAGCCUCAUCAGCGUGAGCGACGACUUCCGUGUCCGAAGAUGGAAGGAAGGAAGUCUAGCUAGAGACCUACGCAUGGGUGGCGAGAGUGAGGGAAGGAGAUGGCAGUGUGGAUGGGCUGCUGUAGGAGACGGAUAUGACGAUGACGAGUAG